AUGAUGGCAAGAAGAAGAAGGAAGUGAGAUCUGAGGAUGAUGGCAAGAAGAAGAAGACGGAAGACUUUGCCAUGCAGCAAGAUAACUCUGACGACGACUGGCGCCGCCGCCGCCGCCGCGAGGGCGAGGAUGUCGACUUCACGGCUUUCGUUGAGCGCCGCGACGAAUCCGAUGAGUACCGCCGCUACUGCCGCCGCCUCCGUGAGAGCAACAGCAACGACGAAUACCGCCGCUACUGCCGCCGUCGCGAUGAGGCGGAAACCGACUUUUCAGCUUCUCUUUCCACAGGAGAGGAGGGACAACUUAGAGGCGCCUACUAAGCUCGUUGCUCGAGCGGGAGGAGGAGGAGGACGCGGGGGAGGAGGUGGAGGCGGUCGUGGUGGAGGCGGAGGUGGCCGUGGUGGAGGUGGAGGCGGCCGAGGCGGUG